CAUGGUUUAGGGCAGGCCACUAAUGUUGGAAAAAGUACAGAGUCCAUUGAAAGACAUACUUGCUACUUUCUGAAUUCUUGGAUUUUUGUUGUUGUUGUUCAUCUUGCUGACUUUCACUGAAGGUUAUUGUAGCCUGGGUCUCAAGGCCAGAAAAGUUUACAAGCCACACCUUUUGCCAAACUCAAUGCUGUACACCCUAUACCCAAGGACAUUGUAUAUUUAUACCUAAUAAUGUCUUCUAGUUCUGACACUGGCAACAUACAGGAAUCUAUAAAACAUGGACUUACACCAGUUGGUGCCGCUCUCCCGGACGGACACGGAGCCCCCAUCCCGGCCCGCAGCCGCCUUGUCAUGCUGCCCAAAGUGGAGACGGAAGCCCUGGGACUCGCCCGAGCGAAUGGGGAGCAGGGGCAGAUGCCGGAAAACAUGCAAGUGUCUCAGUUUAAAAUGGUAAAUUACUCUUAUGAUGAAGACCUGGAAGAACUGUGUCCAGUUUGUGGAGAUAAAGUGUCUGGUUACCAUUAUGGACUUCUCACUUGUGAAAGCUGCAAGGGAUUCUUUAAACGAACAGUCCAGAAUAACAAAAGGUACACGUGUAUAGAAAAUCAGAACUGUCAGAUUGACAAAACACAGAGAAAGCGUUGCCCUUACUGUCGAUUUCAAAAAUGUCUAAGUGUUGGAAUGAAGUUAGAAGCUGUGAGAGCUGACCGAAUGCGUGGGGGUCGAAACAAAUUUGGACCAAUGUACAAGAGAGACAGGGCACUGAAGCAGCAGAAGAAAGCUCUUAUCCGAGCAAAUGGACUUAAACUGGAAGCCAUGACUCAAGUGAUCCAAGCAAUGCCCACUGACCUGACAAUAUCCUCUGCAAUCCAGAAUAUCCACUCUGCUUCCAAAGGCCUACCUCUGAACCAUACUGCCUUGCCUCCUACAGACUAUGACAGAAGUCCCUUUGUAACCUCUCCAAUUAGCAUGACAAUGCCGCCUCAUGGCAGCCUACAAGGUUACCAAACCUAUGGCCACUUUCCAAGCCGUGCUAUCAAGUCUGAGUACCCUGACCCUUACACUAGCUCUCCAGAGUCAAUAAUGGGCUACUCAUACAUGGAUAGUUAUCAGACAAGCUCACCGGCAAGUAUUCCACAUCUGAUAUUGGAACUCUUGAAGUGCGAGCCAGAUGAGCCACAAGUCCAGGCUAAGAUCAUGGCAUAUUUGCAGCAGGAGCAAGCUAACAGAAGCAAACAUGAAAAGCUCAACACAUUUGGGCUUAUGUGUAAAAUGGCUGACCAAACCCUCUUCUCCAUUGUUGAGUGGGCAAGGAGUAGCAUCUUUUUUAGAGAACUUAAGGUUGAUGACCAAAUGAAGCUGCUUCAGAAUUGCUGGAGUGAACUCUUAAUUCUAGAUCACAUUUACCGGCAAGUGGUACAUGGGAAAGAAGGCUCUAUCCUUCUAAUUACUGGGCAACAAAUGGAUUAUUCAGUAAUAGCAUCUCAAGCAGGAGCCACCCUCAACAACCUUAUGAGCCACGCACAGGAGCUAGUAGCAAAGCUUCGUUCCCUGCAGUUUGAUCUACGAGAGUUUGUGUGUCUCAAAUUCUUGGUGCUCUUUAGUUUAGAUGUCAAAAACCUUGAGAACUUCCAGCUUGUGGAAGGUGUUCAGGAACAAGUGAAUGCUGCUCUGCUGGACUAUACAAUGUGCAACUAUCCACAACAGACAGACAAAUUUGGGCAACUUCUCCUGCGGCUACCAGAAAUCCGGGCCAUCAGUAUGCAGGCCGAAGAAUACCUCUACUACAAACACCUGAAUGGGGAUGUGCCAUGUAAUAACCUUCUCAUUGAAAUGCUGCACGCAAAGAGAGCAUAAAUUAUACCCAUUAGAGCUUCUGCUUUCAAGAAAAAAAAAAAAAAUACUCUGAACUGCUCCAAGCAACGCUAAUUAAAAACUUGGUUUUAAGACUUUGCAAAAUGGUAUAAUAAUCAAAUACUUAAUAGUAAAUAAGUGAUGUAUCAGGGUAUUUGUAUUGCAAACUGUGAAUCAAAUGCUACACAUCCCCAAAGGAAUCUGUAUAGGACUUUGUACUGGAAUGAAACAAGCUUAUAAGUGGAUCUAUCACCAAUGUCAACAUGAAAAAAACCGGAACAAUUCUUGUAUAUUUAACUUUUCUGAUCGCCACUAUGAAGAAAUUUAGGAACAAACUGAUCUGUGUUAUUAAGCUAAUAUAGUGGAGAAAUUGAGUGCACUAAAAUCCUUCAUUGUACAGCAGGACUUCUAAAACAACUCUAAAGGAUGCAAAACUGCACCACCACCAUCUUCUAUCAUCCUUCCAAGGACCCAACACUUACUUUGCCUGUGAUAAAUGUUGUGGCACCUAUUCAAUCUGUAAUAAAGGUCUGGAGUAGCCACAUACUAUAUAGUAGCUCCACCAAAUCAUAAAAGCCUGGUUUUGAAUGUCUGUGUCUCAGGCCUGCAAAUAGAUAAUAUGAAGAGUCUGUUAAUAAGUUAGCUUGACAUUCUUAAUAUGUUCUGAAGUUUGUUUUUUGUGUGUUCAUGUAAUUAAAUCAGGCAGUAUCCCUCUUCUACUAAUAUUACAUGGGAUGGCUAUAAAACAUCACAAAUAGUUUCUCCAAUGCAAAUUUGCUAAUUCAACCAUGUUUCAAUUACAGUAUCAAAAACGUGGCUCUGGCAUUGUCUAAGAUUUUCAUGCCAAAUAAGCUUGCUGAAGUUUUUAAGUCUUUUAGCAUCCUGUUUAAAGUUAGUUUCUUUUAAAAAUAAAUAAAAUCUUCUCAGAUUUCAAAUGGUAACAUUGCUAAAUAAUGCAAGUCAACAUCUAAAGUGCAUUUAGCUAUGCAAAAAAACCACAACAAUCAAAAUGUAUGAGCUGCUGAAGUCAAACUGCUUGCUAAGAAGUGAUCUUUAAAAUUAUCAAGAAAAGACAAAAGUAAGUUUUAAACAUAAUUUAAAUAAAACAAUUUUUUUUUUAAAAAAAGAGUUAGGUAAUUAAAAUAUUCUGCAUGGGUAAAGAAGAGUGAUACUGCCAUGUCUCUGUAGACCAAAGUCUGCUGCAGAACAAAUAUUGGAGAAGGACAAAUAAUUACAUCUCUAUCCAAAUGAAGAUAUCAGUAUUAUAACAUGUAGUGCCACAGUUAUGAAGUCUUGCCUUAUUUCAUUAUCCUAAAAGGUAACUGGGCAAAUGUGGAUCAACAUAUGUUUAAAAUAGAGUAUUAAUACUUUACAUUAAAAAGAACCCUAGUGUUUACAUUCUUUAGGUCCUGUGGGAAAAAAAUCUGUGAUAAGAUUGCAAAGAAGUGAUUCCCUUAGUGUUGCUUUCUGAUUGGUAAUUAUUUUACCAGUACUGAAUUACUGUAUGUCGUGAGACACUAAAAUCAAAAAGGGAA